AUGGUUGGACCACUAUUCAGCGCUCAUUGGACUCAAAUGGCACCGAUUCUUCUCUCCUUGCCUUCGGGCUCUUGGCCGCAAACGGAGUUCUCUCCCACCCUGGUCACUCUGUGGCAGAGGAGGCAGCAGAGCGAGGCCAUUGGCUUCGUACAGCAAAGCCAAGAUCCGUCCAAUCUUGUGCAAGUGACCUCAAACGUCGCGGACACCACGAGGAAGCUGUUGCUCGUCGAACGCCGAGACUUUGCAGACUACAACGUCUCACACGCUUCGAACCUUGAUGUCGGCUUGGGAUCUGACGAGCGAGAAUUGUUCGCCGACGACUCCAGCUGUCUCCUUCAGCCCGAGACCACACAAGGACCGUACUACGUUGACGGCGAGAUCAUUCGCAAUGACAUGUCCGAAGAUCAAGUUGGCAUUCCGCUUUACUUGUCCAUCCAGCUGGUUGACACCUCCACCUGCGAGCCUGUCCCCGCUGUAUUCGUCGACGUAUGGCACUGCAACAGCACGGGUGUCUACUCGGGUGUGAUCAACCCAUCAAACGGGAACCCCAACGACACAUCGAACCAAGAAACCACUUUCCUUCGCGCUGUGCAGCAGACUGACAUUAAUGGUGUCGUUCAAUUUCAAUCUAUCUUCCCGGGUCACUACAUUGGUCGUGCGGUCCACAUCCACGUCAUGACACACAACGUCAACUCUACCACUAUUCGGACCAAUGGUACUCUUAUCAACGCAGCUAGCAACCACACUGCGCACGCCUCGCACGUAGGCCAAAUUUUCUUCGACCAAGACCUCAUCUCCCAAGUCGAAGCCACGGCUCCAUACAACACCAACACCCAGGAGCUUCUCAACAACGAUGAGGAUGGUAUCUUGUACCAAGAAGCCAAAGGCUCUGAUCCAUUUGUCCAAUAUGUCCUUGUUGGAGACAAGAUCGAAGAUGGUGUCCUCGCAUGGGUGAGUCUCGGCAUCGACCCUGCUGCGGAUUUUGUCACGCCAUCAGUUGCCACCUAUGAAAAAGACGGCACCGAUGUCAACGAGGACUUCAAGUACACCGGUCCUAAGUCUGGGCCAAUCUCUGAAACGGGAAUUCCAGGAGAGGAGGAUGCUGCUGUGGCUGGGGGCGCAAAGCUCUAA